AGAGCGCGCCAUGGCGAGGGCAGGCUGAGGAGGCUCCCGCUCCCUGAGCCGCUCCCGCCGCCGGCGGAGCUCGGCGGGGCGGGGAGGGGACGGGCAGCGCCGGGAGGCGGCACCGCGCUCCACCUGCCCCUCUCCGCCGCGGGCAGUGAUGAGGCGGCCGCGGGCAGCGGCUGGCGCGGAGCAGCCGGAGUUUGUUCGCCACCCGUCCUCGUCUCCCUGAUGCUCUGAGCCGGAGUCUCCUCCUCUCCCUGGGCUCGCACCCGGGCUGGAUGCUCCGCUCGCUCCUCGCUUCCCUGCCACAGCCGCCGGCCGCUUCCCGCCGCCCCACAAGAAAUGGAGCCGUCCGCUGCCCCCCUGGACACCACUCCGAACCCCGCCAUCGUGCAGCCCCCCGGGGCCAACCCGCCGGGUGCCCCCCGGGAGCAGCAGCAGGAGCAGCUGCGGAUCGGGGAGAGCGGGCAGUUCAGCGAGGGGCUGGAGGACAGAGGUUUACUAGAAAGCAGUACAAGGCUAAAACCUCAUGAAGCUCAAAGCUACAGAAAGAAGGCAUUGUGGGUUUCCUGGGUCUCCAUUAUUGUCACACUGGCUCUUGCAGUGGCUGCUUUCACUGUCUCCGUAAUGAGAUACAGUGCAUCAUCCUUUGGAUUUGCUUUUGAUGCCACCCUGGAUGUUUUGUCAUCGGCGAUAGUUUUGUGGCGUUACAGCAACGCGGCCGCAGUGCACUCUGCACACAGGGAGUACAUGGCUUGUGUUAUCUUGGGUGUCAUAUUCCUGCUGUCAUCUAUAUGUAUUGUGAUCAAAGCCAUCCAUGAUCUUGCGAAGAGGGUGCUUCCAGAAGUGGAUGAUUUUCUGUAUAGUGUUUCUGUUCUAAGUGGGAUCCUUUGCACAGUCUUGGCAGUAAUCAAAUUUAUGCUGGGAAAGGUCCUUACAAGCAGAGCACUGAUAACCGAUGGUUUCAACUCUCUUGUGGGUGGAAUAAUGGGAUUUUCCAUCCUUCUUAGUGCAGAAGUGUUUAAACACAAUUCUUCUGUCUGGUACCUGGAUGGCAGUAUAGGAGUGUUAAUUGGACUUACAAUAUCUGCCUAUGGAAUCAAGCUGCUCAUUGAUAUGGUGCCCAGGGUGAGGCAAACACGCCACUACGAGAUGUUCGAGUGAGGCUGCUGCCCUCUCCCUGCAAGGACUGUAAAACCACAGCAUCCUACGUCUUGGCAAGUGGUGCCACUGGUAUUUUCCUGAAUAUGCAGUUUGUUUCCCCGUGGUCUCUUUCUGUUGAAGUUUGUUUGAAUGGGAAAUCUCUCUGUAAAUUUGGCAUAUUGUGCACACUGCUUGCGAUUCAGCCAAACAGCAGCGUUUUGGUUUUUUCUUUUCUUAUUUAUUUCCAGUAUGCUAUUGAUUCCUGUGACAAUAGAAAACAUGCAGUUUGCAGCUUGAACCAGCUGCCAUGUUGUAUAUUCCAGAGUGAAAUUGUUCUCAAUGGUGUGGUAAGCCUGUGGGUAAAGAAGUGCCAGUUUCAGAUUUGAGUUUUGGAUUUUUUUUCCCCCUGACCUGUAUUUUCCCAAACACAUGCUGUAACAGGAGUACAAUCCUUGCUAACCUCUUCGACUAAGAGUAUCUUACAAAGAGUCUGGACACCAAGAGCUGUGUUGCUUAAAACACUUGAGUAGCUACUUCCACCCUCUUGUUGAAAUAGACACCCUGAAAGAGCAGGUACUGCCCUUCCUGUGAUCAGAGAGAUACUGCAUUUUAACCCCAAAUUAACUGAAACGAUACCUCUUCAAUUUAAAUUCUAUUUUUCCUAAUGAGACACUGUUCAUAGCUUUGCAUGGACCAAACAAGCACACACAGUAUUACUGUACAGACCAAAACCAAAAUAGUCAUGCAGGGAAGAGGAGCUGCUCAAGGAAUGGGAUUUUCAUCUCCUAUUUUACCAUGUGCAGCUGUAGCAGUGUGUGUGACGUUGUGGUUGCUCUGUAGUCUGACAACGGCACAGCAGUGGCUCAAUCUCGUGGUGAGAUACAGAUCUAUUUAUUAGAUUUAGAUUGUCCUGUAAAGUGUUGCUCACUUUCCACCACACAUCUUAUAUAUUACUUAAUAGCAGGUUAAAUGAUCGAAGAAUCUUGAUGUAUAAUCAAUAAAACUGGUAUCUAUUUUAUACAGUAUCUGUAAGUAACAUUUGAAAACUAUUUCCAGAAUGUAUGAUAGAACAAAGUCUUCCUGUAUAGCGGCCUAUUAAACUGGAUUCUCUGGCUAUAA